CCAAGAACUCAUCACCGUUGCGCCGCUCUUUCGACUGAAUCAAAUAGAUACCCACGGCAAUUCGAAUCGAAGAAUCGAUACCGAAAGAAGACAACGCUGCGAACCUUACAACGAACGCGAUACCCGCCGUCCCUUUGACCGCCUUGGCGAGCGUGUACUGAGCGAGUCUUGUGUACCGACCAUCGAACCUUCAUACCGCGAUGUCGAAGCCGCCUUCCAGAGUUGUCUUCGUGGGCAAUAUCCCCUAUGGCCUUUCCGAGGAGCAGAUCAGCGACAUCUUCAGCAGCGCCGGCAAGGUCCUCAACUUCCGCCUAGUCUACGACCGUGAAACCGGACGGCCCAAGGGUUUCGGCUUUGCAGAAUAUCCAGACAAUGACUCCGCGGCAUCGGCUGUCCGCAACCUGAACGACUAUGAGAUUAUGGGAAGGAAACUUAGGGUCGACUUUUCCAAUGAGGGCGGCAGUGACGACAACAAUGAUAGCCACGGACACGGCCGAGAUGGCGGCAACCCCUCCCACGCCUCGAACGGAUACAACCCUGUCGCGCCGCCGAUGCAGUCGAGUACGCUGCCUCCUCUCCCAGCCGGCAAGGAGCUGCCCCCGAACGUCACAGCUACCGAUGCCAUCUCACGGACUCUCAACACCCUUCCCCCGUCUCAACUCCUCGAUAUUCUCACACAGAUGAAGGCGCUAGCCUCUACCGACCCCGCCAGGGCGACGGAACUUCUCCAGCAGGCACCGCAACUGGCAUACGCCGUGUUCCAGGCUCUCCUGCUCAUGGGUCUGGUGUCUCCCGAGGCGAUCCACUCCGUCAUCGAGCCUGGCGGCGCGCCCCCGGCGCCCCCAGCGCAGGCCGCGCCGAUCGGUUACCCGCCACAGCCCACCCCCGGCUUCCCGCCGGUCCCCGUGAUGGGAGCUAACAACACCCCGCCCGUCGCCGGCACGCCGUACGCGCCUCCCCCGCAGCAAACUCCCUAUGGCGCACCCCCGCCGGUUGCUGCACCUCUGGGUCAAGACCCCGACGCUCUCAUGCGGCAGGUUAUGGAACUGCCGAUGGAGACGAUCAACAUGCUCCCCGAGGCAGAGAGACAACAGAUCCUGGCGCUCCGCGCAAGCUUUGGUGGACAAAGGCGAUGAGCAUGGUAUACUUGCCCUGGUACAUGUGCGAGCUGUGGUGUUCAGGUUACGAGCUUGACAUCGCUUGGAGCAACCCAGGAAUACUAUUUUUGGGCAGACACGUCACUCUGAUCGAUGGUAAAGACUUGAGAUUGAGAAGAUGUGGGGUUCCCCCCCCACGUCCACAGCUUCCAUACUCACUCCGAACAUCCGACCUGGCUCAUGGUAACGAAACGGAACCUUGCGGAUGGUUGCUUCGUGAGCAAAGAGGCUCAUACGAAGCUAUUCUUAGAGGAAAGCUACCCUUGGAGGGGCCAGAGGAGGGGCUCAAUGGGGUCUUUGCCAGAUAAUUGCCCCUCCAACAACCACCCUAACCACUCUACUUUACUCACCGAAAUCAUCAAAAAACGCUUUUUCACCGAUUACCUGGCAUCUGAGCCUCGGUAGGGCCUAAAAACCAACGGGCUUGUGGGGAGGUCGGAAGGUGGCGUUGAACGACGGAUGGCGUAUUUUUUGCAGCUGCGCCUCCCUUCCCGGAGGGCCCAGGAGACGGGGGGCCGAAUCGCAGCAAAUGGCGGGGCCGAUAGGUCUUUUUGUGUUUUCUAGCAACCAAGUUUUUUUUCUUCUAGAGUGCGGACGAGGCAGAUCACGAGGAAUAAAAAAACCGGCCAGGUCUAAACAUACCACGCUUUACACUCGAAAACGAGCUGAGCAUCUUGUUCAGCUGAGAGGAAAACUUUAUUUCCUUUCCGUUGUGCCGUUGACGCAAG